AACAAGCUCAGAAUGACAAUCUUGUUCUUGUCCUACCUGCUAGGAGUCUGGCUGCUUUUGGGCCAGUUCCCCAGCCAUACCACUGCAGAUUCACUGAAACACCUGUCCAGAAAUAUUUGCACCAUCGUCCUCAAUCGCUUUCAGGACAAAUGCAUGGCAAAGACGACAAAAGGCUCAGGUGUCCUUGGGGAUAAGACACUGCAAGAAGUACGACUGUCAGAACGCCCUGCAAUCUUCAGCCAUAGAGAUAUGGGAGUUCUAGUAACGUUGUCUGAGAUCAAUCCUAAUUUUCCAGUGGAGCUGAAGAAAACACUUUCUGACACUUGGUCAUUAUUGAGGGACCUACAACAUCCAAAAGACCGAGACAGGUUGCUCCAGGCAUUCACUCAUUUGUGUUGUUAUUUUAAUUGUUUCAAGAAUAUUAAGAAACUUAUUUGUGUUAUAUAAUGGAAAUCGUUUACUUAUCGUGUAAUAUUGAUUUGUAUUUUCAAAUAUAACUCCACAGAAAACCAAGUCAGUCUCCAGUAAUUAUCAAAAUCAGGAGCAAUUGUUGUUGGUGUGUUGUUCAUAUCUUCACUAUUCUGAAAGGAACAGUCUCCCCAGGAAUUUAAUUUGUACCAACAUGUAAUCCUUCAUGGGAAGGUGGUCUUUAUUCUUUUAUUAAUAGUAUAAUAACAUCACUACAUUUAAUUCUACAGAAUUUAAAAUGAGUAAAGAGUUUAUGAGAUAUCCAGUACUAUGACUCACUUCAACACUGCCUAUCUCCAGGAGGAAGAAGGCAACAAUAUUGUUUCAUGAACAAUAUCAGCAUAUA